GAUAGGCCUCCUGCUUGCUGAGUUUCAAGUGGCCGCAGAAAGUCUUCAGCUAAGACGCGCAUCCAAUGAGCGCCUCCAAAGACUUCCCCCCUCCAAAAAAAGAGAUUGAGUUUCCAUAUUUUUUACACAUGCCGAAAAUGCAUAAAGUCCACAGAAGGCAGCAGUCGACUCGGCACACACAGGUGGAGAAUGGAAAUGGGUCAUGACCAGGAGGAGUUUUCACUGAGUGGACUUGCACGACCUGCAUUGUUUUAGAAUCCUCCGCAUUGGAAUAUACUCUUCAUCCUGAUCUGUGGCUCUCACCGCUUCCAUUGAGCUUGCAGAUUAAAUAUCGUUUUGUUUUCUCUGAUGGUCAUUGCAUUCUUUAUUGAAUGCAAACAUCGUCAUGUUUAUCAGAACAACUUUUCUCCUCUACUUUGUGGUCUCACUCUCAAAACUUGUCCGUUGCAUGGAAAGUGAACUUUGCUUCCCUAUUAGAUUGGAUAACCACAACCAAGACAGGAGGGAUUUUGAACAGGACGCAGAUAUCCUUAAUAGAAAAUGUGUCCUACAAAUACGAGCUUUCCAGCAGGAAUUAGAAAUCGAUUUACACCAGGACUCGAACUUCAUUGCCCCUUCCAUUUCUAACCAAGGCGCAUUUUGGCUCUCCAACACCGAUGUCACCACUGACCUGAGCCGGUGUUUUUACUCCGGAUAUGUGAAUACUGACCCACUUUCUUAUGCUGCUUUGAGCCUCUGUAAGGGUUUACAAGGUGCAUUUGGCUUCCAAGGCUGGGAAUAUUUUAUCAGCCCGGUGCAAAAUGACACCACAAGCGCAGAAGGUGCACACAUCAUCCGGCGCAGAAUCAGCAACAACAACCUGAAGCUCAAUUCAACCUCUAGGUGCGCAGUGAACAGCGACAUAAGUCUACAGGUUGCGCAAUCGUUGGAGAAAUACAAGCGACUAAUAGAUUACAACAAUGUGACCGAAACGAUGCUGAAGAGGAUGGGGAGAGCCAAAAGGUUCGCUUCAACCCCCAGGUACGUUGAGACGCUCGUGGUUGCGGACGAGUCCAUGGCGCAGUUCCAUGGAGAUGACCUAAAACACUACCUCUUGACACUGAUGUCAGUGGCAGCGAGGCUCUACAGACACCCCAGUAUUCUUAACUCUAUCAGCAUCGUAGUGGUGAAGAUCGUGAUUAUAUCCGAAGAGGACAAAGGACCCAAGGUGUCCGGGAACGCAGCCAUGACGCUGCGAAACUUUUGCACUUGGCAAAAAAAGAUGAACAAAAACAACGACAAGCAGCCAGACUACUGGGACACAGCAAUCCUUUUCACAAGACAGGACCUGUGUGGAGCCUCCACCUGUGACACUCUUGGCAUGGCGGAUGUGGGCACCAUGUGCGACCCCAAGAGGAGCUGCUCUGUGAUCGAAGACGACGGCCUACCUUCGGCUUUCACCACUGCUCACGAGCUUGGACAUGUGUUCAACAUGCCACACGACAAUGUGAGGGCCUGUGAGGACGUGUUUGGGAAACUGCAAGACAACCACAUGAUGUCUCCCACUCUCAUUCAGAUCAACCGCACCAACCCCUGGUCCCCUUGCAGUGCUGCUAUCAUCACUGAAUUCCUGGACAGCGGGCACGGUGAAUGUUUGCUUGACCAGCCUCAGAAACCACUGGUCCUCCCUGACGUGAUGCCGGGAACAUCUUACGUCCUCGACCGUCAGUGUGAGCUCGCGUUCGGAGAAGGCUCCAAGCCCUGUCCCUUUAUGCAACCACCAUGCGGCCGUCUGUGGUGCACAGGAAAAUCCAAUGGCCAUUUGGUGUGCAUGACUCGGCAUUUCCCCUGGGCAGAUGGCACCCAUUGUGGGGACAAUCGGGUUUGCGACCGAGGGGUCUGCUCUGACAAACAUGUCCAAAAUGUGAAGGUGGACGGCCGCUGGGGGAAGUGGGGCCCGUUCGGUUCCUGCUCACGCACAUGCAGCGGUGGCGUCCAGCUGUCUAAAAGAGAGUGUAACAACCCAGUUCCGUCAAAUGGGGGUAAAUACUGCCAAGGAGUUCGGGUCAAAUACCGCUCCUGUAACCUGAACCACUGCCCUGAUACAGGUAAGACUUAUCGUGAGGAGCAGUGUGCGACCAGUGGCCGCAGUUUCAACAGUAACCGCAUCGACCCCUCUGUGGUGUGGGUACCCAAGUACUCUGGAGUGUCCACCGAUGACAGGUGUAAACUCAUCUGCAGGGCUAAUGGUACUGGCUACUUCUAUGUCCUGGCACCCAAGGUUGUGGAUGGGACUCCAUGUUCCCCAGACUCCACAGGAGUGUGUGUCCAGGGGAAGUGCAUUAAGGCUGGCUGUGAUGGAAAAAUUGGCUCCACCAAGAAGUUUGAUAAGUGUGGAAUCUGCGGAGGUGAUAGCAAGGGCUGCAAGAAGGUGUCGGGACUCUUCACAAAGCCUGAGCACGGCUACAACUUUGUGGUCAUGUUACCAGUGGGCGCAGCCAACAUUGACAUCCGUCAGCGAGGGUACAAGGGAAUGAGGAAUGAUGACAACUAUCUGGCGGUUAAAAACAGCAAGGGCCACUACCUGCUCAAUGGGAACUACGUAGUGUCAGCUGGAGAGAGGGACAUCAUUGUCAAGAGAAGCUUGCUGCGCUACAGCGGCACAGCCGGCCUUUCUGAGACCCUGCAGGCCGUGAAGCCCUUGGGAGAAUCCCUGACUGUUGAGGUGCUGUGUGCAGGCCAGAUGACGCCGCCUCGCAUCCGCUACUCCUUCUACCUCGCCCGUCAGACCAAGGAGGACAAGACUCUGAAGAAGGAGGGGCAUGUAAACUCCCAUAAUAGUGUCCUGGCUGAGGAUAGUGUCAAGGAGAAGGGGGGAGACACCCUGAAGAAGUCUUAUAGCAAGGAGGAUCCCGCUCUUGGGAAAUGGAUAUCCACAGGUUGGGACAAGUGCUCAGUGACCUGUGGCAGUGGGAUCCAGAGGAGGAUGGUGCAGUGUCUGAGACCAGAUGGAAAGCCAGGGUUGGACUGUGAUCCUUCACAAAGACCCUCAGCCACCAGAGUUUGUGGAGACCCUUGUCCUGAGUGGCAUAUUGGGCAGUGGUCCCCUUGCUCCAGAACCUGUGGGAAGGGUUUCAAGAGACGACCGUUGCACUGCAAAACCCAAACUGGGCAUCUGCUCCCAAGGGACCACUGCACUGGCUUACGCAAGCCACAGGAGCUGGACUUCUGUAACAUAAGGCCUUGCUAGUGACUAAAACCUAUAAACUACAAAUCGUUGUUAUGUUUUAAAUGGACUAAAUUGAUUCCACCGGCAAGUAUCACACACAUUGUGGCUGUCAGGUGCAUAUUUUUCCAACUGCAUCAUGGGACACUUGACACAAGAACAACAAGAAUAUUGGGAGGAAAGUGAAAGCCGCAAGAUAAAGGUUAGAAGAUUAUUUUUCACUGCCAUCACUCUGACUUGAAAAGACAUAUCCAGGUCUAACUCUGAUGGCAAAAUAUCAUGAUAGAAGGUCAGAUAAAAUGUAGUUGAAUCCCUUGUACUGUCAGCAGAUACAGAAUGCCCAUUUGCAAGCAAUCGAUCUAGUCUACCUUAUGAGUCUGGAACCCAUCCCAUGUCAUAAUUUUUUAACUGUUCAGGUUUCAUAGUUUUAGUUGAGCCUUGCAAAUACAUCAGUGAAGCCUUCUGGUUGUCCAAAAAAUGACUCUAUUCAUUU